AUGGCACCCGGCGGCGAUAAACGCGCGAGGGCGGCGAACGCGGCGAUGAAGCGGACGGACGACGACGUCGCGAAGCUCAAGCGCGCGGCCGCGCGCGGGUGCGAGCGGUCGAAGAGGGAGCUUACGAGCCAGGCCCAGUGGCUUUCUUCUGAGGCCUUCUUCGCGUAUUUUCGCUGGCUCGUAUUUUCGCUGCGGUCUGCUGAGAGUGGCGAUAACGUCCAGCAGCCGGCAGAAGACCUCGAGCACCAGAGAAAGGCGUUCAAGACGUUCAAGGAGAUCGCGGAAGGGGAAUAUAAGUUUAGCACCAAGGAUAACUGGUACACGUACGGACUCGCGGUGUUCAUGCGCGGCAAGUUUCUCCUCGAAGGCGUCGGCGUGGAGAAAAACUACGAAGAGGGACUCCGGUGGGUUCACAAAGCCGCGGACGAGCUCGAUUGGUUCGAUGCUCAGCUCUACCUCGCGGACGUAUAUUGGGAUGGUGUUGGUCCCGCGAGGGACAUCCUGAAGCAUCAGCGCUACCUCGAGAAGGCUGCGGGAAACAAGAGGGGCGAAGACGACGGAAACGAGCUCUACAAAAUUCGCAAAGCCCUCAAGUGA